CUCAACAUAGCGACGGCGAAAGCCUACAAUUUACGUUUGCGAAGUUAGCGCUGUGCUUUUUUUUUAAGGGCAAAAACGCCACUUCGAUUCCGUAUGUGCAUCACAGGAGACAAUGGUAGUUCGCGCAUAGCUGACUGAUUGAUGUUCGAGGGGAACGUGGCGGUCCAUUGAUUGUUUAUUGAUUCUGGAGAAGUAAUUCUACGGACAAAGGGUCACACGCUUUCGCCAAAUCUUUGCCACAGUGACAAACAUGACCCCUUCAAUCUAGAGACUGUGGACGACAUGUGCUCAGAGUGAAACAAGACAUAUACGUCGAAUACAAUUCUUGUGUUCCGAUCCAAAAAUGGGAGAAAUUCGAAACGUCGUCUUGGUGUGUUUACUCUCGGUUCUGUCGGCAUUGGGAAGUGGCGGAGGUGCUAAAAUCACCGCUCCUGGAAGCCGUGUCGUCAUCGUAUCUCCGCGCAACGGCACCUACGUCAUUCCAGUCCGAUCAAACGGACGGUUCAAGCCGCUUGUCACAUCCGCAAAGAAAAACAGACACAGCGGGGCACCGUCGACAUCCGAAGUGCGAGGAGUGCCGCACGUUUACGACUCGGCGAGACCGCUGCGGCAGAUUAUCCUUGUUCCCGAACCCACGUACCCGCGCAUGCACCAAGCGAUGCCGGCUGGUACGUACGGCCACGGGAGCCUCGCCGACAACGAACCUCCAGGGUUACGCGAUUUUCGCUUCUGCUUCGAAUCGGGAGGCACGGAAAUGUGCGUGCGCGUGGACCUCACUGCGGGAAGAUUCAUGGCAGCGGCCAGGAGUCACCAGGAAGUGCGGAGAAGGCGGCCGAAAGCGCGGCCGAGGAAGAGAGUGAACAGAAAACUCCGAUCCUGGAAGGAUACCGUCAGAGACACCUUCUGGCCACAAAAACAAGAAUCCGGAAAAUCUUUCGGAAAUGAUAUUCCUGCGUUUCUGGAGGACACCAUGGACGUGUUCACGUUCAAGAACCUCACUGUUUGGCGAAACGUUCGAUGGAAACGAGUGAUGAACACCACGGAUUUGGGCACACACCCAAAAGCUUCUGCCAAACUGAACGCAACGCUCUUAGAGCCCGCAGAGAAAGAGGUAACCGUGCAAGCUACCAAAGACAUCUUGCUCCUGCACGAGCUUCUAGAGCUCACCCAGUGGUCCGCGGACAAGAAGUGGGCAGAAUUUCAUAAGGGAUGCCAAUUGCUCGCGAUCCGCCAUACAGUCCUGAAAGGUUGGGGGCCCGGCUUGGAUUACCCGUUUAACCUCUCACGGGCGGGAUAUGACAGCAGACCAACGAGCGAGGUGGAAUCCAAGCCGCUAUUUUUUGGUCGCCGGCGGAUGCCAUCGGAUAGGCGCGAAGACCCUGAACCAGAAUUUGCGACAAGGGAAAAGAGUGUAUAUGGUACUGAAAGCAAAUCAAAAAGUAAUAAAAUGCCGGGAGCAAUGGCUUGGAACAAUAGACAGCCAGCUGAGGACGAAUAUGUAUUCGCCAUUGCCCAAAGUGGAAGCGACGUUUACGCACCGGCGGAGCAUUCGAAUCGCGAUGCUGGCAGCAGUGUUCGAGUUGGUCACCAAAACUUCGCGGGUGCAUCGAGUACUCGUCACGGCCCUCGGCGCCGAAAAUACGGAUCGGGAGUUGGGGAACAGCACAGUGAGUGGAUUAAGACGAACGGUGAUUAUGUUCAUAGUGACAAGAACACGGAUGAUUCGGCUUAUAGGCGAAGACGGUAUCACGGUGCCAGCAGCUUGCAUGGUGUCGCAAACAGGCCCAAGUGGCAUAGGCCCCAUCGAGGCGGAGGCAUGGCGGAGGAACAGCCGAAUGUGAGAAAUAACUGGUUGCCAACCAGGGGCGCGCCUCUCACUAUUUGGCAGCCUGAGACGGACCCGUCAGAAAUGAAGGAGCUCAUCGAAAACCGGAAAGCAUUCGGAAACGUCUCAAAUCGACUUGUUCUCUUCGCGGAGACGGUGCGCCUCGGCACGCUGCAAUCGGAGUUCGGAUGGAAGCUGCUCACAAAAGGCUUUAACCUAUUCAGCAACAAAAGUCACAUCACGGAAGAAGAAAUGAAGGACUUCGUGGCAAAGCUACCACCGCCCAUGCUCGGGAGCACGUUCCAGGACACCAUGAACGCUAUGAUAAUCUACGACCUGAUCGCCUUCAACGGUUCGGGUGAUUACAACAAGUGGGUUGAAAUGGAGCGGCAAAGGCUGCCCAUCGGGGCUGCGCGGAAUAUGAGCCGAAUUGUGCAAAGUCGGCUGGCCACCGCGCAGUCGUUGAAGCCAAUGGAAGACUGGUACGUCAGGCAGCUGGACGAACUGAUAAUUAUGAAGCUCAGCACUCUCACUCUGAAUGCUUCGUACGACAAAGACAUAGCCGGCCUCCUCUCAAAGAAACUAAACGUGGACGUAACGCCUGAAUCCCUCGAGACGCACAAAACUUUUCUGACCAAGAACCGCUUGUCAGCCACACUUUUAGGAGACGUCUACUCCAACGAACUAUGGGAUGCAAUGCUUUUAAAUCUCGUUUCGCUCAACGGUCCCAACGGUACCUCUCCCGAGUGCGCCAAAGACCUUCCGCGUCUCAGCCCCAGAGACGCGAACAACACAGAAGCCCUGGCUAAGGAAGUUGAUGCGAUCAUCGGCAAGCUGAAAGGCACUAACAGUACUAUUAUGAAGAAAAAGUGCAUGAAGGAGUUGUUCUUUCUAAAACUGCUCACGCUGACUAAGAAUACAGAGCACGAGACGGUCUGGAGGGACGUAAUUGUCAUAAAAUGGACAAACUUGUCGGGCACGGAAGCUGUCGAAGGCGCAACCUUCUCGCCACAAACGGUCAGUGUUUUAAGAGGCUUUGUCCACGCCAGCGACAUGUCCAUCUUCCGUUCAUUGGCGCAGCAGAUUAUAAACUUCGUUCAGAAGCCUGAUAUGGUCAAGAGCGCAGAUAGCGUGGUGCGUAGCAAAUUCCUUAAUGCAGUUCGAAAUGCGCCCAGCCAAAUGCGAGAAACAAAGUCUAGCGAGUCUAGCGAAGCAGUCGUGCUAGACUCAAAGACAGAAGAUACGGGCAAGAAUGGCUCAGUCAAAGGGCAGCCCUCUGUCCCUGGUACGCAGACUCAGCUGCCCACGCAUGAUGACAUCGGGGAUGCUCGUAGCCAAGAAAAACCUGCUGUAUAGCCAGAUGCACAGCAUGGGGAAACUACAACACGAGAUAUGACUUCUGAAACAAUGAUACCUAAAAAGAUUCAAACAACAGUGACACCAGCAUGAAGUAGCCCAAAUGUUAUUGCGAAAAGAUGUAUGCAGAAAACUGGAAACACUUGUGCCGUGAAUACCAUUAAAGUAGAAACCAUUAUAAUGUUUAUGUCAAUGGUUUCCAUGAACAAUUACAAUGUUGCGUAAGUUACAUAGCAGAACGAAGGUAAGGAGCGAAUAAAAGGUACCAAAUAAUCUAUCA